GGGUAUCUGAUGGCCGUGAGCAACUGUUGGUCAUGAACAAAGUUUUUCAGGAUGGUUAGCUUCUUAUUGACCCUGAAAUUAAGAAGUCAGUGCUGUAUUUGCAGCAAAUCUGUGACAGAGCUGACCAUUGUCCACAGAAACAGUCCAUAUUGUCAGCUGAGGCCCUCAAAAGGGAGGCUGAAUUUGUGCCUGGCAAGUAUCGGGCAUAUUGUCGCAAGUAUAAUACUGCACGUGUGUAUGUGCUGGAGCCUUCUAGUUCAUACCUUACUUUUUAAGGCAUGUAUUGUUCCUAAAGCUACUACCCCUAGCUGAGGUUGCUACCUCCCAGGCUAGCCCACCACCACCAGCACUUGUAAAAGGUGAUGGCUAGAGAGAGAGGAAAGAGACAACCAAGCCAUCCCUGUGACUGCAGCUGAUUGUCUCUCCCCGAGGUAUUAAUAAGCUGCAUACCGGCGGGCAGGGGUGGGCAGUUGGCUCGCCAUGACCUUGGGAGCCGGGGAGCCUGACUAGCAUUCCUGGGAGCCAUGUGAGCCGAGGACUGGCAGGCGCAGCUGUAGCCAAUGGGGAGGAGACCAGCACGGGCUGCUCGGAUUGAGUUUCACUCCUGUCGCCUGAGAUUUUUCUCUUUCUCUCCCCGUUGUGCUUUUCCUCUUUGUUUAUGGGGUUGGACGGGCGAAUGCACUGAUGGAGUCCUAGAGAGCAAGAUGUUUGCCUAGGGGAUUUGGGAUUCUACCUUCAGUGCUGAGCAACCACUUCUCGCCAUUGCUUACCACAGCUCCAGCCCCCUGACAUGGCUGGGCUUUUAUGGCUCCAAGCCUUCUGAGCGCACAACCCGCCCUCCUCUGUUAGGGCAUUUUAUGUUGUGUUCUCUUCUGUGCAAUUCCUUUUUGCUGUCCUUAGAGGUUAGUUUAUGAGGCUUUUUAAUGCAUGGGAGAUGGGUCAGGACCAGACAAAGCAACAAAUAGAGAAAGGACUCCAUCUUUACCAGUCUAAUCAGACCGAAAAGGCCCUGCGAGUCUGGAUGAGGGUUUUGGAGAAGUCUGCGGAUCCUGCUGGCAGGUUUCGGGUUUUGGGUUGCCUCAUCACUGCUCAUGCAGAGAUGGGCAGAUACAAAGAUAUGCUGAAGUUUGCAGUGGUACAGAUUGACACAGCACGGGAGCUGGAAGACCCGGAUUUCCUUACAGAGAGCUACCUAAACCUGGCUCGCAGCAAUGAGAAACUCUGUGAAUUCCAGAAAACAAUCUCUUACUGUAAGACGUGCCUGAACAUGCAGGGUACCACUGUGAGCCUGCAGCUGAAUGGCCAGGUGAGCCUCAGCAUGGGCAAUGCCUUCUUGGGCCUCAGCAUUUUCCAGAAGGCUUUGGAGUGCUUUGAGAAAGCUUUACGCUAUGCACACAACAACGAUGACAAGAUGCUGGAGUGUCGAGUCUGCUGCAGCCUCGGGAACUUCUACGCCCAGAUAAAGGACUACGAGAAAGCCUUGUUCUUCCCUUGUAAAGCAGCUGAGCUGGUGAAUGAUUAUGGAAAGGGCUGGAGCUUGAAGUACCGUGCAAUGAGCCAGUAUCACAUGGCAGUGGCCUAUCGGAAGCUGGGGCGCUUGGCAGAUGCUAUGGACUGCUGUGAGGAGUCCAUGAAGAUUGCCCUGCAGCAUGGUGACCGGCCUCUGCAAGCGCUGUGUCUGCUGUGCUUUGCAGAUAUCCAUCGCAGUCGCAAAGACGUGCAGACAGCCUUUCCUCGGUAUGAUUCCUCCAUGAGCAUCAUGACAGAGAUUGGAAACCGCCUGGGCCUGAUCCAGGUGCUGCUAGGAGUGACUAAGUGCUGGAUGAUCCAGAAGGAGCUGGACAAGGCAUUGGAGGGAAUGUCUGCCCUGGUGGGUCAGGCACUUUAUGCCCAUUGCCCCAGAUGUGACCUCCUCAAAUGUCACAGCCCUGAAUACUCACCCAAGCCUGUUCUUCAACUUGCCAGUCCCAGUUUCCAUUUCUCAUGCUACUCAUCCCAAUAUCAGUUACCUAAUAAAUCAGCUCUGGAAAGCAUUGAAAAGGCACAGGAGCUGGCAGAGGGACUAGGGAACAAGCUUGGCCUGCUGAAGCUCCACUGCCUUUGUGAAAGGAUCUAUCGCACGAAGGGGCAGCAGCGAGAACUGCGUGACCAUGUAGUGAAGUUCCAUGAAUGCGUGGAGGAGAUGGAGCUGUAUUGUGGCAUGUGUGGAGAGUCCAUUGGGGAGAAGAACAACCAGCUCCAGGCGCUGCCUUGCUCCCACUUCUUCCACUUAAAGUGCCUCCAGACCAACGGGACCCGGGGCUGCCCCAACUGCCGCCGCUUGUCGGUGAAGCCCGGCUACGUCUGACCCGCCCGUGGGGCUCGGCCUGCGCCGUCAGAACUGCUGGGGGAACCUCAUCCCACCCCCGCCGUU